ACAACUUUCUGUCCUUGUUCUUUCCGCGGUCGGGUCCUUCGAAGCAGUUAUGGUUCAUUUUGAUCGAAAUGGAAUGGAAUGCUUUGCAGAAUACAAAUAGGGUCUCUCCGUCCUUCUAUUUUUGAUUUUCGAGAACUUCUUUUAAGGCUCAACUUUCAAUGGUCAUUGGGGUUGGUCACUGAGAUCGAAGAGGCGACCCCUUGAGACAACAGGGGAAAACGAAGGGAAAGAAGGGGGUCUCUUGCGUUCAGCAUCAGUGACCAUUGAAUGCUGAGCUUUAAUUUUUUACAUAGUUCCUGCUCACAGACCGUAAUUGGGAUAUACAAAAUUCGAAAAAAAAGUUUGCUUUCGGACAACUAGAAAUUCCGUUGUGGGAGCAACACCACCAUGGUACACAGUACUACUUACAGACGAGGCCACAAAUAAUAGAAAAGAUGGUAGUCCCUUUGCCACCCACAAGUGUCUCCGUGCCAGACAGUGGGUGCCGUGCACCGCUGCUGACGAGUAAGGAGAACUUUUCGUCUUCUCCGUUGCCACCAGUGGUGAACGCAAGCUACCACCAUGCCGGAUCUGGAUGGACAUUCAAGCUGUUUCAGUCAGCAAUGCUGGAAUCGAGUGCGGCUGACAAACUCGCAGAAAACCUCUGGCCCCAACCUUGCAUGCUGUUCGAUGCGAAGAUGGAGGUAUCAUUUAUAGGAUUGGUAGACUGAAGUACGCAGUACUAAUUUCGAAGCUGAAAUAAUCUUCGGGUAGUUCUUGCCAUUGUUCCGUCGACUGGCAAAAGAUAGUUUGCCGUUCCUCUUCCAUUAAGGAGGAAAGUUGAACUAUGCCCCCCAUCUCUUUUUCUCCACUGUCUAAACCAGGUCACAACUUCUACCGGCGAAACGGUACUCUCCGUUACCACGUCAGACAUACUCCAAGGCAUGCGCAUGGAUAUGAGGAAGGACUCCCUAUCCGACGAAAAUAAUGGCAAUCUGUUGACUACGGCCGGUGGAACACAGUCGUGCUGUCACUCGUUGCUGCAGCCAGUGAGGUGUCAACAUGCGGACAAAUGGAGUCAGGGGAGGACUCAAGUGCAGCGCACUGCAGCUGAAGUAGCUAAAGAGAUGUCCAAACCAGAAUGCGAUUGGACCUACACUACCAGUACACGUGUCAGCCCAUCAACAUCAACUUCUACCCGUAGAAGUGUUCCUUACACCACAGUGUACCAUUUUUGUAGCUCAGCCGACUUGGCAAAUAAUAGUACUGCAGAACAACAACCAAAACCAACAACGUCUCUCCUCCCGAUGCCCCUCUUAACAAGACAGUCAGAUCCCAUUGAAUUUUAUCAGCAGAUGUACUUCUUCGAGGAUGAGCUCGAUGACGAAGGUUCCGCGCACUGCACAUUGAAGAUAAGGGUCCAGAAAAACUUCUUCUUCAUCCUUCUGCAGAACGAAGUGAGAGUAGACAAUGUGCUAGUGAGGAAGCUGGAGACGAGAUUUUUCGGAAACUUAGCGCCUCCGGAAGUGGCGGUGGAAUUGGAAGGACCACCUCUGUCUGCUCCUGCUGGGUCUUCCAGUAACGUAGAAGAGGUGGAAUCUUCGAGCACUUCAGACCCCAAGCAGACACUUAUCGCUACAUCACCGCGGACGGGCCGAUUGUUGUUGCGACCAAGAGGCAUUCUGCGUGAGUGGAGCUAUCAAGAAGCGACGUUUGAUGAAUUAAAGUUAUGCCAACAUUUUCAUAAACUGGAACGCAGAAUAGAAGUAGCGCUGCUUUUUUCAAUGUCCUUUUUUCUAUCUUAGAAGAAACAGAAAGCGAAGCUACUUGUUGCAGUUUGACAACUGAUAAUGAUAAAUAUAAUGAGUUACGACUACGUCAAUUAUCUGAUCUUGCAUCUACUCAUAUUUUUCACAGUUGUUUCAAAAUAAUGUUCCUAUUGUUCCUCUAAGAAAAAAGCGUGGAGACUUGGAUCCUGAGUGUCCUGAACAAAUAGCGACGACGACAGGCAUGCUGAAGGAACAACAGGAUUUGAAACUGCGACAAUCUUGCGUCUAUUAUGCGGACGCAGCGUAAGAAUGGCGAGGAUAGACGGCUGCACUUUCGUACACAAGUAGAGCUGCUAUAUUCCGUUCUUUCUCGUGAUGACAGGAGGACUGGAGAAUGAUGAAGCCUUGGUGGAACUGGUGGGGACAAAGCCAUGGCUGUGUCCAUGACGGUUCCACCCUAUUGCCUCUGUCUCGGACCAAGCACCACUCAUCCUCUGGAAAUUCCUUCAGGAUAAUAGAGGCCCACAAGAUUGAGCAGACACGACCCUCAUGCUUAAUAUAACUCAUCCAUCGGAAAACUUACUAUAUAACCCUGCCUUCCUUUCUCCCAUGACGAAUCAACAUUCCCUUCAUCAUUAACACUUCGUCUUUGACGACCACUGCUUAUUUCGGAUCAACACUGGACGAGAACAAAGUUUACAGUUCUUUCUUAUAUUUUUUCACCCAGUGACGGGGUGAAACGAUGAUGC